UGCAGGGUUACCGCCUGCGUCUCAACCAGAUGGCUGAGCUUGUGAGAAUUCGUAAGAAACACCUUCAGACUCCCAUCUGCAGGUUAAGGUGUCUGGUGAAGCAGCUGGAUGAGAGAGACGUAGACUUUGAAGAGCUCAAAAAGAACUUGGAUUACACUGCCUCCCUACUUGAGGCAGUUUACAUUGAUGAGACAAGGCAGACCCUUGACGGUGAUGACGACCUCCAGCAGCUUCGUUCUGAUGCUGUGCCCUCAGAGGUUCGCGACUGGCUGGCCUCCACCUUCACCCAAAAGGCACGACCUCCUGGAAAACGGUCCUACGAGAAACCGAAGUUCCGCAGCAUCGUCCACGCGGUGCAGGCUGGGAUAUUCGUUGAACGGAUGUUUCGUAAGGCCUACACUGCAGCCAUGCCAAACCAACCUGCAGCUGUAGUUCACUGUCUCCGGGAUGUUGACAGGUGGAAUUUCAAUGUGUUUGCACUGAACUCUGCAAGUUCAGGCCAUGAAUUACAGACGCUGUUCAUCGAGCUGAUCACCAGAUACGAGCUCAACAGUCGAUUUAAGAUCCCCUUCUCUUGUUUGAUGUCCUUUCUGGCUGCGCUGGAGAAAGGAUACAACAAGCACAGGAACCCCUACCACUGUCACACGCAUGCAGCUGACGUCACGCAGACCCUGCACUGCUUGCUACUGCGCACCGGACUUGUGCAUUGGCUGACUGAGCUGGAGGUCCUGGCCUGUCUAUUUGCAGCAGCGAUCCAUGACUACGAACACACAGGCACCACAAACAGCUUCCUCAUACACACGAGGUCCGACUUCGCCAUGAUCUACAACGAUCGCUCCGUCCAGGAGAGCCACCAUGUCAGCGCCACCUUCCGCCUGCUACAGGACGAGGAGAUGAAUAUUUUCAUCAACCUCUCACGAGAGGAAUGGGUGGAGAUGCGCGCAUUGGUCAUAGAGAUGGUACUGGCCACGGAUAUGUCCUCUCACCUCCUGCAAGUAAAAGGCAUGAGAGCCUGCCUACAGCAGCAGGAACGGAUUGACAAGCCCAAAGCACUGUCCCUGCUGCUUCAUACGGCAGAUAUUAGCCAUCCCACCAAGCCCUGGCCUCUUCACUCCCGCUGGACAAAGGCACUAAUGGAGGAGUUCUUCAGACAGGGUGAUAGAGAGGCAGAACUAGGCCUCCCAUUCUCUCCUCUGUGUGAUCGGAAGAACACUUUAGUCGCCCAGUCCCAGAUAGGUUUUAUUGACUUCAUUGUGGAUCCUACCUUCUCCCUGCUGACGGACAUGGCUGAGAGGAUUGUCAUCCCUCUGGUUCAAGAGAAUCCAGACCCACCAGACCCUUGCAAUCGAAACAGUUCUUUGUGGAAGGAGAGCUCACGAGGCUUGCAGUGGAGUCUUGCUCACAUCACAGCAGAACUUGUCAGCUUCAGGUCUACAUGGACUCGGCACACUGAAGACAACAAAUUUAAAUGGAAAGAGAGAGCGUCAAAUGGCUCAAUGGAUCAGAGCUCCACUGAGGAGCUCUCACCCAGCACUGAGGAUGCCUCACAGGAGAACGCACAGAAACCCCAAGAGAUGAACACUAAUGAGGGAUUGCCAAAAGCAGAGAGAUCAAACACCAUAUACUGUAGCCAGUAAAUGAAACAGUGACUGUCAGCUAAAUUACGGGGUAUUUUAUCUUUGUACCUCAGCGGCUAUGUUUAAAUGGCAGGUAAAAAAACGGGCUCACAGACAUAGGGCACUGCCCCCCUCCCCGACCCCGUUCUCUUACUUGCUUAGUAUGAAUUAGCGACUGUAACCUUUGAACCUCCUAAGCAAAUGCUCAGAGAACAUAAGUAAAAGUUCCUGUAAAUGUGUCAUUUUUAAAUAGCCCUUAGUUCGGCAAGUUAGCCAAAAGUUAGGAAGAUAGCAAUUAUACAAUUAUAUAGCAAAAAAUACAAGUGACAAGUAGACUAUACACAGUCCUAUUGUUUUAGAUCUGAAUAAUACUGUAAAUGAUUUAACAUGCUGGUCAUGUUGUAAAUUUAUUGUAGCUAAGGGAUGUUCAGUGAUGGAUUUACUUUUCGUCAACUCAAUCACUGAAUAAAUGAAUGGAAUGACAAGAAGGAAGAAAAAAACACAACCACCACAUGCCAUAGCAUUUCAUCAACACUGUAGAUAAGGAUAAGCCCAACCAGAUACAGGCAUCUUCCCCAAGGAAAUGCCAGACAGCAAGGAAUAAG